AUGAGCAGCAGCCACACGUCUGCCGCCGGCUGCCCCGUGCACGAGGCGCUCCCUCACGACCCUGUCCCCUUCUUCUCCUCGGGCGACAUCAACUUCAAUGCGCACGACGUCGGCUGGCUCGUGUGCGGCACACUCGCCUUCGUGGCGACCAUCACGUCGUGUUGGCUCAUCCGCAAGCACCUGUCGUUCUACUACCACCCGACCGAGCAGCGGCACAUCGUCCGCCUCCUCGCCAUGCCCAUCGUCUACGCCAUCUGCUCGUUCCUGUCCUACUUCUGGUACCGCCAAGCCCUGUACUUUCAGCUCGUCCGCGACUGCUACGAGGCCAUUGUCAUCGCCGAGUUUUUUUUCCUCCUCCUCUCGUUCCUGUCGAACCCGCCGCCGACAUCCGAGGAGCCGAUCCCGACCCCGUACGCGACCAAGGCGGAGCGAGACGCCCAGCUGCGCGAGUCGGUCAAGGACCUUCACCUCCGCAAAUGGAUGUGGCCUCUCGGGUUCCUUAAGUGGCGGCCUGCUGGCGGCGGACCGGGCGAGGGCGAGGCCUUUCUCUGGUGGAUGCGGGUCUGUAUCGGCCAAUAUGUCCUCGUGCGGCCGCUCUCGACGCUCGCAUCCGUCGUCGGCGAGGCUACAGGCUACUAUUGCCUCGCUUCUUGGUCGCCGAGGUUUGUCCACGUCUGGGCGAGCGCAGCAAUCACCAUCUCGGUCACCAUCGCCAUGUACUGCGUCCUCCAGCUCUACAUGCCGCUUCGUGAACCUCUCAAGCCCUAUCAGCCCGUCUUAAAGUUCCUCUGCGUCAAGCUCGUCGUCUUCUUCACGUUCUGGCAAGAGACUGCCCUGAGCUUCCUCGUCACGGUCGACGUGCGUCUCUGCGCAUCUCUCGGGCCCGGUCGCAUCCACUGA